GUUGUUCUCCUGCUCCACGGCACGGCUUCCGUGUCGUAUGUAAAAUGGUGGUCGAGAAUCGUCGCGGUGAGGAAUGCAGCUGCUGCUGCUCCUAACGUAUACGUGGAAGGUCUAAGUGUCGUGAGUUCCCGACAACGACGUCCGCAACGAACGUACUUAAGUACCUAUACUUAUCAAAGCAAAGUCAAAGCCCUCCUCUGCAUCGUAUACACACUCGACAACUCCGGAGCAGACGACGGAGGAGGUGGAGGCAAGAGUGCAGGAAAGGCCCUUCGUAAUCUGCAGCUGAUGCAUAUGUUUAACAACAACAACAACACCACCACCACGUCAACUCUCAUGCAGCGGAGCAACUGCACAUUAUUUUAUUGUAUAUAUACGAGUACAAUAUAACAACGUACAACGGAAUCCUCAGCUGUACACGUACAUAACAAACAGUGUUGUACAACAGAGAGGAGGACGAGGACCAAGAAGAAGAAACGAGGGGCCUGGUGCUGGCCUGCACGGCUCCGUCCCCUGCGAGGCAGUCGACGAUCUAGGCGUCGUCGCAGCUGUAGCCAGCAGGAGGCAACAGCUCCAGGUCAUUAUCGCAAUCCGCACAACGGGAUGGCAGCCGCCGUCGCCACCAGCAGCACCACCUCAGCCGAGUCCAAGACGAGCCAGCAUGGUGCCAAGAAGGGCUGGCUCUUCAAGUGGACCAACUAUCUCAAGGGCUACCAGCGCAGGUGGUUCGUCCUGGACAACGGGCUGCUCUCCUACUACAGGAAUGAACCAACUGGGGGGCCAAAGAUAUCGUCACGACGCAAGCGGAGAGCUGGCAGAGCCUCCGAGAAUCCGAGCGAGAUGUCCCACACGUGUCGGGGCACGAUAUCGUUACACGGGGCCUUAAUACACACGGUGGACGCGUGUACCUUCGUCGUGAGCAACGGCGGGACGCAGACCUUUCACAUAAAGGCCGCGACGGAGGUCGAGCGCCAGGAAUGGGUCACCGCGCUCGAGCUCGCCAAAGCCAAGGCCAUCCAAGCCAUGGAAUCCGACGAGGACGAGGAGGUGUACCAGAGCAACGACAGCCAGAAGGUGGAGACGCCCUCGACGAUGAAGGACCUGCAGGAAAAACUCGAGACUCUGCAAAAGUGGAACGACCUGCUGACCAAGCGGGGCUCGAUGUUCCAGCGCUCCCUCACUGAUCUCGAGACCCUCGAGAACCUCAGUCCCGAGCUAUCUUCCAAGCUCAAGUCCGUCAACGAGAAGGCCACCCAGUUCCGGAUCGCUGCCAACGCCAUGAUCAAAUCGAGCGACGAGUAUCUGCAGCUGGCCCAGCAGCAGGAGCCCAAGUGGAAGAAGAUGCUGCAGCACGAGCGCGACCAGAAGGUCCGCUUCGAGAAGAUGUUUGAGCAAUUGUCGCGACAGUACUCGAGCCUCGAAGAGGCCGCCCAGCACGCCCUCCCGACGGUACAGCCGGGCAGGUCGACCCAUUCGGUGGCAGGUAACAGGUCGCCGAGCGAGGAGGACGACGAGAGCGUUGAAUUUUACGACGCCCAGGAAUCGGACACGUUCACCUUGGGGGUGGCCAACGAAGGCCUGAGCUCGAUCGAGCGAGCCGAGGCUGAGAGCAACAACAACUACUCCCAGGGCAGCGACGAUGGCUCGAGCUCAGAGGGUGACCCCGUCAAUCCAGCCAACGAAUCGUCGUCCUACCUCAUGAUGACCGACGCUGCCAAACGAGCCGGACGCUACGUUCACUCCAACAGCGAGCCCGACGGCAGCGCUUGGAACGCCGACAGCGUCGGUAGCGGCAUCUCCAGGAUGAGGGCCGGCAACGGCACGAGACGAAAACGCAGGACCUGCGUGCCGGACAAGCCCAACUAUCCCCUCAACCUCUGGAGCAUCAUGAAAAAUUGCAUCGGUAAGGAUCUGUCCAAGAUACCGAUGCCCGUCAACUUUUCCGAGCCCCUUAGCAUGCUCCAGAGGCUCACCGAGGACUACGAGUACGCGGAUAUUCUCGACCGGGCAGCCGAGUGCACGGACUACUGCGAGCAGAUGGCCUACGUGGCCGCGUUCACGAUCUCGAGCUACUCGACGACAGCUUCGCGCACGGGCAAGCCCUUCAAUCCGCUCCUAGGUGAGACUUACGAGUGCGAUCGAAGCGACGAUCUCGGCUGGCGUGCCUUCUCGGAACAGGUCUCUCACCAUCCGCCCAUGUCCGCCCAGUACUGCGAGGGCAAGAGCUGGCGCUGCUGGCAAGAGUUCACCAUGACCUCCAAGUUUCGGGGCAAGUACCUGCAGAUCUAUCCCCUUGGCACGGUACACCUCGAGUUCAAGGACGGCGAUCACCACUACACUUGGCACAAGGUCACGACGACGGUGCACAACAUCGUCGUCGGCAAGCUCUGGGUCGAUCAAAGCGGUGACACCGACAUUGUCAACCACAAGCAGGGAGUCAAGUGCCAUCUCAAGUACGUGCCCUACUCGUACUUUGCGCGCGACAGUCAGCGCAAGGUCAAGGGAGUCGUCAUGGACGAGAACAAACAAGCCAAGUGGGUCAUACAGGGUACCUGGGACGCCAAGGUCGAGAUCGCCCCGGUCAUCAGUACGUCAGGCUCGGCUGACAACCCGGUUUAUCAGACCGGGCCGUACGUCCCCGCCUGGAAGCGGCGGAUGCCUCCAGACGACUGUGAAAAGUACUAUAAUUUCACGGAACUGGCCUGCCAGCUCAAUGAGUUCGAGGAGAAUGUGGCACCGACGGACUCGCGUCUACGGCCGGAUCAGCGUUUAAUGGAGAACGGACAAUGGGUGGAAGCUAACGCCGAAAAGAUACGCCUGGAAGAGAAGCAGAGAACCGAAAGACGAGCUCGCGAAGCCGAGGCUGAAAAAGCAGCCGAACAAGGCUUACCAUUCUCACCGUACGAGCCAAUGUGGUUCAAAAAACAAGAAGAUCCGUUCACGAAUAGCCUAUGCCACGUGUACACGGGCGAGUAUUGGGAUUGCAAAAGUAAGCAGGAUUGGUCUCGGUGUCCGAAAAUUUAUUAGAUUGUCUACUUUUAACGACAUGUAUGUACAUUAGCUUGUGACGCUUAUCGACUCGUCGCUCAUUAUCACAAACACAACGGAAUUCAAUGGGCUGAUUGUUCCAGAGUUUGUGUGGAAAGCAGCGUAUGAAAAAAAAAAAAAAAAAAAAAAAAAAAAAAAAAAAAAAAAAAAAAAAAAAAAAAAACAAUACAACACUUUCUGUUAUACAAGAAAAUAUUUAAAAAGAUUGAGCUUUGAUAUUGCUGUUUAUACAGUUACUGAUUCUUCUUUUUCACUAGCCAAAACUCGAUAUCCUUUUUUUUACGGAUCUUUAUUUCCUAUACUCAACGGACAAGUAAAAUUAUGCUUAUUGUGCUCGUUUGUUGGAAAAAAAUUUACUUACUCAAUUACAAAGGUGUGAGAAUUAUUUUUUGCAAUUCGUUGUUAUAAUGUUACGUUGCAUCACCGUACUACAUUAGGUUUUAUUUUUUCUUUUUACCAAACGUUCCGUUAAGUAUCUGAAGAAAAUCCCUUACAAUACGUGCCAGCUUUACACAGAUUGGGUGCAUCAUUAUUUUACAUAUUUUGAAAGAUUGCGUUGAAAUUGCACCAAUAGUGUAUAAUGUACUCUGCCAUUGGAAUCUGCAGCCAUUCUGCUUCGACUUUGUAACUCCUUUUUUCUAUUUUUCAAUAGUUUCAUGAAUGCUGUAGAUGUGCCAAUAUUAUAUUGUUGUGUUUCAUUUGAUAAUUGUUUAACAAUUGUUGCAAUUUCUAUAGUUUUAAACAUUUAGUGACUUACAUGUCUAUGUUAUUAGUUUUUUGAGUUGUAUAAAUAAAUACCGCGUAUUGGUUGAGGACAUACCUACUAAAGUUUGUUGACUGCAUGAUUUACUUGAGUAAGGUAACUCAUCUUAAAGUUCCGAAUCCAAGGCUAUUUUCGCGAUAUUCUUCGUAACACAGAGUCUUUCUUCUGAUUCCAAAAACGAGUUUUGACUCAAUUAAGUAUAGGCUGGAAAAAAUAAUUCGAUCUAUAAUGAGCUUCCAAACUUUUUGUUUAGGAGAGCGUUUUGAGCUUUGUAAUAGCUUUUUUUCUUGUCAAUGAAAAAAAAAAGUGUUAAUGAGUAAAAUACAUAAAAAAGUAUUGUAAUUUAUACAUAUAAAUGAAUAUGCCGAUAUUGUGUAAGCAACUUACAAAAAUACGAUUGUUUUCCUGCAAUAAAAAAAAUUAACAUAAAAAAUUAAUGAAACGAAACUUCCGGUCUUGCUGAAAACAAGAUUCACGAUGUUCGCGUCAGAAAAAUAUCCUUCACAUAAACUAGUAUCAAUAAACUGUUGUUAGGUAAAACAAAAUGCUUGCAAAGCGAAAACUUACAGAAUACACCAAUUGUUACAUUGCAUCUCAGGCUGUAAAAUAAUUUUUAUAGCGCAUAAGAGUUUGAAGAUAAUAUCUGUAAUAUUAUGAUUAUAAAGUUAUAAAUAAUGUAAUGAAGAAUAGUGUAAUUAUAUUAAAUAUAUUUGUGUUACGGAUAGAAAGGAAAGUAAAUUAAAAUGAAAAAGAAAUACAUUUUUGGAACAUUCGAGCACACUUGUACAUAAUGAUAUAUCGUAGCGACGAUAUUAAUAACAAAUUAAAUAAACACACAAAAAGUCCAUACACAAAUAGAUAAUGAAAAUCGAAAGAAUAAAAGGGGGGUGGGACUCUUGUGCGGAACAUUGCUGGACUCGAUGUCGAUGCGCAGAGAAAAAAAAUUUGAAAAAAUACAGGAACAAUAAAAGAACGUGUGCAAUUGUAUUUUUAAGAGCAAAUGCUGCGUCGAGUUCCUAAUUGUAUAUGGGAAAUAUAAAGCCGUACAUGCUGGUCUGUAGUGCCUGUCAUUUUAUAUUUAAUAAAGUAACGAAAAAUUUAAUGUCAGAUUGAGAAAAAAAGUUAUCAUUUGAAAAAUGAGAAACGUUGUAAGUAUUGUAUAAUAUAUUCAUUAAUUUUCCAAUGCAAACGAGAGAGAAUGAGCACGUGUGUACGAGUCAACUGUAUAAAUGUGUAUGCUUGCAAUAGAGGGGCGAGAAAAAAAAUAAUUUUAUUUAUCAAAUCUGAUAAAAAGUGUAUUAUUUAUUCACGACGAGACGAGACGAUUUACAUAUCGUUACUCGACUUUUUGUCAAAUAAAUGAAAGUGACUUUGAUAAGUAGAACACGGAAAAUAAACGUUGUUUGUAUAGAACGGAAUGACACUUGUAAACAAAAAUAAAGAAAAUUAUCAGUUUAA